UAACUGGAUUUAAAGUCUCAAGCAAUAUGGCUACCACGGGGGCUGUUGAACCUUCAGUAAUGAAUCCCAUUAAUGUAGAAACACAUGACUUCAGAAUUCCUGUCAGGGAAAUCCUUAAACCUGAUGAUAUGGACAAGUGGAGAAAAUCUAAGGCAAACAACGAUCUUUUGGGUUUCAUUAUUGCAAUGAAUAAUUCAGUGAAAUCAAUGAAAAUAUCUGGCACCUACCCAAUAUCUGAGACUGUGAAGAAACUGAUGGGCCUUUUGGAUACGUUGGAUCAAUGGAUGAUGGACAUUCUUCCGAUUGACCAACCUCAGAGAUUUGGCAACAAAGCUUUCCAACAGCUUUAUAUUAAACUGAAAGAGAAUGUUGUAGAGGAAAUGGAAAAAUGUUUUGAUGAAAAAUAUCACAAAGGUUUCCCAGAAAUAUCUACUUAUCUGGUUGAAGGGAUUGGUAAUUCCACAAGAAUUGAUUAUGGCACAGGCCAUGAAAUGUCUUUUGCUGCUUUCCUCUGUACCUUAUAUAAAGUAGGGAUCCUUACUGAGGCCGAUGCCCCAGCUAUUGUCUUGAAAGUCAACGAGAAGUAUUUGCAGCUGAUGCGUCGAAUGCAGCAAAGAUAUCGAAUGGAACCUGCUGGAAGCCAUGGUGUUUGGAGCCUAGACGAUUACCAAUUCAUUCCUUUCAUCUGGGGAAGCAGCCAGCUUAUUGGUCAUCCUCGAAUUUUACCAAAAUCCUUUAUCAACCCAGAAAUUUACGAACAUUUUAGUCAAGACUACAUCUUUUUAGCUUGUAUAAAGUACAUUAAUCAAGUGAAAACUGGUCCCUUCUUUGAACAUUCCAAUCAACUCUGGAGUAUCAGUGCAGUCGCCUCGUGGGAGAAAGUGAAUUCAGGCCUUAUAAAGAUGUAUAAAGCAGAGGUUUUAGACAAAUUCCCUGUGAUCCAACAUUUCUUAUUUGGCUCUUUGAUGAGUAUUGAACCUGUGGAAGUAUGAGACAAGAAGAACAUGCUGAAAUGAUAUCAACUUCUGUCGGUGGAUUAUGAAAUGCUUAAUACACAAGGACCCACCGCCCUCCCCUCCCCUCCCCCUUCUCAUAUUCCUCAAAUUCAUGUCCUCAACAUAUCUGAAGCUGGUUUUGUUUUUGUUUUGUUAUUUGAUAUUUUUCUUAUCCAUUGAUAUCUGAGAGAUCUAUUUGUUCCAAGAAUAUAUUGCGUGUGUAUAUAUAUAUAUAUCUGUGUGUGUGUGUAUGUGUAUGUGUGAGCGGAGAGAGAGAAUGUAUGUAUAUAUGUACAGACACACAUACACAA